AUAAACUGUUCACUUUGCCAAUUGGGUUUACAGUGUGAACCUAUUCGCGACAUACUUUUACCGAUGUUUCCUUUGUUAACAUGCUUGCACAAGCAUGAAGUUUGACGUAAAUCUACUGAUAGGUGCGGCCGCGGUACUGUAGAGGUGAUGCAAGCAACAUGAAUUCAGUUUAUUUGGGUUAACUGUCAUUCCCAUCUGAAUCGAUUUAUAGGUUAGAUAAAAAUGUCAAAGUAUCAAAAUUAUAAGUAAUUGUCUUUAAACAAUGUCCGAAAAAGGAAAAUGUAACGUAAAUACUGACGGUAGUGUGUGUCUGAGUGAUAUUCUUAGUUCGUUUAACUCGUGUAUCAAAGAAGAGCAUGCAUGGGCAUUGUGUUAUCAACUUUGUAGGUAUUUUUGUGAUUCUUUGGUUGCCAAAAAACAACAUAUUCAUAAUAUAACUGAGGUACAGCAUGUUUUCCUGAAUACUGAUGGCACUAUACAUGAAAACACCAGCUUGGCAAGGCAGAAAGUAAGAGAGCUGCUAAGUUGCGAGAAGGAUGUAGUGGCUGGCAUUGGCGUAGUAGUUUAUGCUACAUUAGACCAUGAGUUCAACGAAGGUGAAGAAGUGAUAAUCAGCAGCGAGUUGGAGCAGUUGAUUACUGACAUGAUAUCUGACGAUUUGAACUCCACAUCUCAAAUUCAUCAUGAAACUGAUGAUGAGGGUAUCGAGAGAGACUCCGAGGAACACUAUGCAGCUGGCUCUUCAAAGUGUAAUGGAGAAAACAAUCGCUUAAAGUUGGUAGAUGUUAUUAAAAGAUGUGAAGUACAUUUAGGUACUUUAACAAAGUCACAAGCUGAAGCUCACUACAAGGCCGUUGUAAGAGCGCUAGUAGCUGAGGCCAUCGAACUAUCAACAUUUCUUGAAAAAGUUGCACAAGGCACGAUAAGUUUACCUUCGAGUUCGGCUAAUUUUAACAUGGAUGAGUUAAACUUUACUGAUUGGGCAAAAUUGUGGAUACAGGUUAUGAGUGAAUUAAGAACAGGUGUGAAGUUGAAAAAAGUGAAUUUCAGUAAAGCACCCAUUGAAUAUGAACUAACACCCUAUCAAAUACUCAUGAAGGAUAUAAGAAAUUGCAAAUACAAUUUAAGGAAAAUUAUGGUGGAUGGAAAUCUUCCCAGUCGCGUUUCCAAAGACGCCCAUGCGAUAAUUUUGGACUUUAUUAGAUCAAGGCCUCCAUUGCGAAAAGCCUCAGAGCGAAAGUUGGCUCCUCAAUUAAGGACGCUUACCCCCAGGGAGCAACUGCUUCUUUCAAUUACGAAAGGAAGAAAAUUAAAACCCGUUCCUCUUCCUAGGACAUCAUAUCGUUAUGGUGUAGAUAGAGAGCAACCGAAACCAGCUGGCCGGCGUCUCAUUAAAGUAGACUUUUCGCAGUUCGAAGAUGAUGACGAUGAUGAACCUUCAACAGCUGAAACUCCAGAUUCUAGCGAACCUGGUUUAUGGGCUUCCGAGUAUCAAAAUAGCUGUGACGGAACAUUAGAGGCUUAUGACUUAGCUACGCAGGAUUGUUCCUUGAACAUGCGAAGAAACACAUUGGGUGUUACUGAAAUUCCUGCAGGAUGUUACUCAGUCCCGCAAUCACGGCCAGGCUCUCGACAAUCAUGUAAUAGUACGGAAUCCGAAACAAUGCCCUUGGAACCAGAAGUGGCUCGAGCGCUUCAAGAUGAACUUACCAGCUCCCAGAGCUGGCAAGAUUCCAUUUCUCUUGAUGACAGACUUUCACUAACAUUGGCCGAAAUUGUACAUAUCCGGACAGUUCUUACAAAGGCCGAAGUUGAGGCACUGCCUACAGAAGGCAAAGUUCGGCAUGAUGUUGAAAGCCGCAAAGUAUGCUUUCUGUGCCUUAAAACAAGAUUUGGAAUUUUUGGGCCAUGGGGUCAGCGAUGCACGCUUUGCCGACGAACCGUAUGUAGCAAGUGCUACUGCAAAAUGAACAUCCCCAUGGAUCAUUUUAGCAGCGUUCCUGUGGUUCUUCUCAGCCCUAGUAUAAUGUGUACUCCUGAAGAAGAAUCUAGGGAUUCUCUAACAAGGACCUUCAUGAGCAAAAUGCACGGUGGUAUUGGGUCUUCCGGUACACUUUCCAAAGACAACAGUCCUGACCCAAACAAGUCUCCAUCUAAUUUAAUGGAAUCUAGCGUUAUUAGUGAUCCAGGAUUUAGUCAGUCCAGUGGAUCAAACCAUUCAAAAUUUCGCACAACCGCUGCUACAGUAGUUCGAACGUCUAGGGCAAUGGACAGAUUGAAAGGCUCUCAGAUGGUAGUUUGCCACGACUGCAAGCUGAUGGUAUUGCAAAUAAUUAAAUCCGCUCGCACUAAUCGCUCAGCUAUCAGAAAUAAAACGCUACAAAGUUUAACUCUUAAUUUAUCUCCGGUAUUCUAAUUAAUUGAAUGUGAUAUAGUUCGAUUUUAUGUGAAUAUUUCGGUGUUAAGUUUUGGUAUUUUUCUAUGAAGUAAUUACCCAAACCUAAUUCCGGAGUAUUUUUAGUUUUACUUGUGGUGUAGAAUAAUUAGAUUAUUUGAUUACAAGUUAUUUAAGAAAAGAAAUAUAUCUGAAUUAAAAAUACUGACCUAAACUAGAUAAGUUCACCAUUAUAAAAAUGACCUAGUAUUCUAACUUAAGCUAAAUAUAUAUUUAUUUCGAAAACAUUGUCAAUAGAAUGUAGGUAAAGUAUUAAACUUAAAUAAUAUUUCUUCUAUUAAACCUCACUUUAAAACGCUUAAAUCUAUCAAAGACUUUGAUUAUGUGAUAAAUUAGAUGAUUGUAUUUCCGUUUCAACCAAAUAAUGUAGAUGAUACCAAAGGCACCUUUUGUUACAUUCCCUUAUUAUAGGUUUGAAAUAUGUAGUACAAAUUUUAUGGAUUUUAUUAUUUAUUAUAUUAUAGUUUAUAGAGAAAAGGCAGAGGGUGUAAAUUGUUGUGGACCAAUCUGUUGUUUCAAACCAGUGACAGUUGCAAACUAAAGUUACACUGUUCGGUGGUCCUUUUCUUACAAAAUGUUACGAUCUAGAUAUGUUAUUACUCUUCCUCAACAAACAGUUUUGUUUGUUUGAUGUUUCAACAUAUGUUUGCAGGCUAAGUUGUAUGUACUAUAAUUUUAUUUAUUUACUGAUUUAUUAGAAGGUGCAAAAAUU